AUGGCUGCCAACCCCCCAACAUUGACCACGGAUCAAUUAGACCUGUAUCUCCAGCGCAUCAAAUAUGCCGACGACACCACCUCCCGCGUGAAACACCUUAAACAGUCCGUCGAGAAAAGUCCACUGGAAGCAUUGACGGAAUUACAACGAAGGCACCUGAGCUCUAUCCCCUGGGGCAACUCGGCCCUGCAUUACUCGAACCACCAUUCCAUUUCCCUCGAGCGGGCCUGUAUCUUUGAGAAACUGGUUGUCCGUCGUCUUGAUGGCUACUGCAUGGAAAAUACCAAUCUCUUCUACAUGGUUUUGUCCUCCCUGGGGUAUCAGGUCUAUCCGGCUGGCGGCCGCGUUAGUCGGGCGGGUGUUACGGGGAAUCCAAGCGAGGAGGGUUAUGUAUGCUUCAUUCGCCUAACAUGGCUGUCCAGGAGCCACAUGAUCGUUAUCGUGACCAUAGCUGGCCAAAAAUAUCUGGUCGACGUUGGUUAUGGCCGCAACAACCCCACCAGCCCAUUGCCAUUGCAGGAGAACGUGCCAACAACGUCAAUCCCGCCUGAGGAGGUUUCCCUGAUCAAGGCGCCUCUGUCUGAAUUCGUGGACCAAACACAAAAAGUCUGGAUCUACCAGGCCCGGAGCAGCUCUGAAAGCAAGUGGAUUCCACAAUACUCUUUCACGGAGACUGAGUUCCUGCUAGAAGACUUCGCUAUGAUGAGCUAUUUUACAAGCACGAAUCCGGAAAUGCCGUUUACUCAAAAGCUUGCUUUUAGGCGUAUGAUCGUGGAUGAGCAGACUCUGGAGGUUAUCGGGAUUUAUAUUCUAGCAGGUACAGAAGUCAAGAGGGUGCUUCGUGGGGAGACUGAAGUUAUCAAAAGGUUCACCACGGAAGAGGAUAGAGUACAUGCCUUGGCUGAAUACUUCGAUAUGCACUUUGAGAGGCAUGAAAUUGAAGGAAUUCGUGGGUUGCCUUCACAGAUCAAAUAA